UAAACAUUAUGAAAGUGCAUGUGGAGCGCAAACUACCAAAAUUUCGAUAAACAUAAAUUUGAUCUGGCAUCACUGUGUGUAAUUCGAUCAAAGUAUUCGGAGCAAUGUCGCUAGGACCAUUUUUCCGCUCUCCGUUCACGGAUUUGACCGCUUCAAUGGUCAAUUUCCAGCAAUACGACAAAUGUGGUGAAAUGGAGAUGGCUUCUAUCGACUGCUUGGAAGCGUACGGUACCGUUCGGGGUGCAAAGAAAUGUGCUGAUAUUCUUAGCGACUUCAAAGAGUGUGUCCUCAUGGAAAAGCAAAUUUCAAGAUUCAGAGCUAUGCGUUUAGAGAGACAUCGUCAAGGUCUAUUAGGCGAAAGAAAAUCGGAAGAUUACUACGCCAAACCUCCACGCGUUGACGCAUACUGAACACUAAUCAUUUGGAGCGGUGUAUUCAAUAAAUAAUUAGUUUUUCGUUUGAACUCAGUUAAUAUUUA